AUGAUCCGCGAACCAUUGCUCGCCACGGCAUUUUUCUUUGCACUCUUUACCGUUGUAAUUAUCUAUGUGCGGUUCGAUUUCACAAUCGUUGCGGAUCCGGCACGUGAAGCACGCGAACGUAUCUUGGGAAAGGGAGCAGAUGAGGAGCGCAAUUUACGACGAGCAUCUCUAGCACUGGCUCAUCAAAAUAACAAAUUCAAUCUUGGCGCUGUUCCCGAUGACAUCAGUGGAGAAAAUUCGUUCUUCAUAUAUGCAAGCAAAUAA